UUACAUUUUUCAGUUGUAAGUUUUAUCUGUAAAGUCUCUCUUCAUAGACGCCACAGAGUCGUUCUCCGUUCAGCGUUUAGCUUUCCGUCACUCUGAUUAUGAUCAGAUCAAUUAUCUAUAAGCCUCAGAUACCUAAAUGUGUUUUAUUAUAACAUUAUAACAUUUGGCUGCAGAUUGUGUUGCAUAAACGCUGAUGUUGCAUCAUCAGGCCUUCAUGUCUUCCAGCAGAUAGAGACGCUGUGAGCGGACAGGAUGUCGUUCUACAAUGAGAGCGUCUGGACUCGGCCGGCGGCAGAGCUGAGUCCCUCCGCCACCCUGACCACUGCAGGACAUUCAGUGAAGCAGCAAUGCAUCGUCAACGACCAAAUGGGCCCCUUCAUCGUCCUCUACAUCCUCAUCCUCACUGUAGGCCUGCCUGGGAACCUGCUGUCGGUGUGGGGGUUCAUCCAAAGCCGCAGGCCAAAGCAGAAGCAGAGCACCAGCGUCUACCUGGUCAACCUGCUGAUGGCCGACAUCCUGCUGCUCCUCACUCUUCCCUUUAAGAUCCUGAAGGACCUGGGCAAAGCCCCCUGGAAGCUCAUGGUGUUCCACUGCCAGGGCAGCGCCGUCGUCAUGUACAUCAGCCUUUAUGCGUCCAUCGCCUUCCUGGCCUUCAUCAUCGUAGACCGCUACCUGAAGGACUGCCACACUGCGCAGUUCCUGCAGCUGCAUGAGGCCAGCUUUGCCUGGCUGCUGUCGAUGGUGGUCUGGAUGCUGCUGCUGCUCAUCAUGGUGCCCAACAUGGCUCUUCCCACAGAGAACCUCACGGAGUCAAAGUACCUCCGCUGUUCAUCUCUGAAGAAGGAGCUCAGCCUCCACUGGCACACGAUGACCGUUUUCCUCAACAUGGUGCUGUUCCUCAACGCCUCUGCAGUCGUGCUCAUCUCCAGCGGCCUGGCCCUUAAGCGAUUCAUGCGCAGUCGCAGCGACCCCAAGCUGCGGAUCGACGCCAGGCGGGUGGUGCUGAGCGUGACGGCCAUGGCGCUGGCCUACAUGCUCAGCUUCGUGCCGUACCAUGUGGCCAGAACGCCGUACACGCUGGCCCAGACCAAAGUCAUCAAGGACUGCCUGACCGAGAGGCAGCUGUUCCUGGCGAAGGAGUCGACCCUUUUUCUGAGCCUGCUGCACGUCUGCCUCGACCCGCUGCUCUUCUUCCAGCUCGACGCGCCGUUCAGAGAGACCGUCAGGAAGCUUCUUCCCUGCAGCAAAAACCAGAGCGUUCAUGCAAAGGAGCAGGUUGUGCAGGAAGUGAUGCUGCAAGAGGCUCAUGCAGAGCAGGAUGCUGCGGUGUAAUUACUGAUCUGCAAAGACGCUGCAGAAACAUGCAGAGUCCAGCCCAGGAACUGAUGCUUGCCAAAACUGUUUCCUCUGCAGGAACUCUGAGAAUGGACAGAGACAAGUUCAGGACAACCAGACACGUGUAUUUAAUGCACAAAAUAUAAAAGCUUUGACUUCCAGAAUGAGCUGUAAAUAAACAGGGCGUGAUUUUAA